GACGAGAAAGUACAGCAACAACAGACUAGGGAUACAAAGUCACCGACACCUGCUAUUGGAAUAAAAUUAGGAUGGAUUCAAGGUGUGUUGAUACCAUGUCUGCUGAACAUCUGGGGUGUGAUGCUGUUCCUCCGCAUAUCCUGGGUAGUCUCUCAAGCAGGUAUCGGCCUGUCUCUGGUCAUCAUCGCUAUAUCUGCAUUCGUGUGUGUCAUCACAACACUCUCCAUGAGCGCAAUAUGCACCAAUGGAGAAGUAAAAGGAGGUGGUAUCUACUACAUAAUCUCAAGAUCCUUGGGUCCGGAGUUCGGUGCAUCAGUAGGCAUUAUCUUUGCCUUCGCCAAUGCCGUAGCAGCCAGUAUGAAUACGAUUGGUUUCUGUGACUCCUUGAAUGACCUUUUGAAGAGUUAUGAUGUGAAGAUAAUUGACGGUGGACUGAAUGACGUCAGGAUUGUGGGAGCCGUGGCGCUGGUCGUCAUGUGCUUCAUCUGUGCAGUUGGCAUGGACUGGGAAAGUAAAGCGCAG